GCAGGAAGCGCGAGGCCGCGGCGGCCUGAGGGGAGCCGGGAGCCCCGGCGGGAAAAGGGGAAAAAACCUGCCCGGCCUGAGGGGGAGAGCGGCACAGAUCUGGGCAGAGACAAUGACGCCGAAUAAGAGUCCGGACACUUCCCUCAUCGACCUGGCUGUGAAGAUGAGGAAACAGGCUGAGACCAGGAAGGUGGUGCUGGCCUGGGGACUCCUCAACAUAUCGGUAGCAGGCAUGAUCUACACCGAAAUGACCGGGAAGCUCCUAAGCACAUACUACAACAUCAGCUGCUUUCCACUCUGGUACAUUGAAUUUGCCCUGGCGGCCCUGUUCAGCCUCAAUGCCCUGUUUGAUUUCUGGAGGUACUUCACCUACACAGCAGCACCGACCAGCCUGGUCAGCAGUCCCAGCCAGCAGAUCAUGGGCUGGCUGCGCAAGGCAGCUGUCCAAAUCACCCCUCCCCGGGAGGCGGCCGCCAAGCGGGUGCUGUCCCUGCCGCCGUCGCCGCCCAUCCAGGGCCAGUGCGUGCUCAGCUACAGCCCCUCGCGCUCGCCCAGCGCCAGCCCCAAGUUCUCCGGGGGCUGCCUGAGCGGCUACAGCCCCCAGCUGCAGGCUCUGGCAGGGGCCAGCCCCUCUCACAGCCCCUCCGUCGCUUACUCACCCAGCAGCAGCUACAGCAAGGUUUCCAGCUUCGGCCACUCUCCCAAUGGAUCUCCCUACUCCAUGAGCGUGGGGCCUGUGGAGGGCGGUGGGGUGAGGGCUCACUACCGCUUCUCCCCCAUCCGCUACAAUAACUCCACCUACAAAGACGACUGCAUAACGGACGUCAGAUCCCUGGACACCUUCCUGAGGAGCGAGGAGGAGAAACAGCACCGCGUCCAGUUAGGCAGCUCGGAUUCCAGCUCUCCCUCCAGCAGCCCAACGUUUUGGAACUACAGCCGCUCUAUGGCAGACCACGCGCAGAUCCUGAGGAAGUUCCAGUAUCAGCUGGCCUGCAGGUCCCAGGCUCCUUCUGCACACAAGGAUGAAGCUGAUCUGAGCUCCAAACAGGCUGCAGAGGAGGUUUGGGCACGGGUGACAAUGAACCGGCAGCUCCUGGAUCACAUGGAUUCCUGGACAGCGAAAUUCAGGAAUUGGAUCAAUGACACCAUCCUGGUGCCGCUGGUGGAAGAGAUGGAAUCUGUGAGCACUCAGCUGAGGAGGAUGGGCUGUCCGGAGCUGCAGAUUGGAGAAGCCAGCAUCAGCAGCCUGAAGCAGGCGGCGCUGGUGAAAGCUCCGCUCAUCCCCACGCUCAACGCUCUGGUGCAGUACUUGGAUCUCACCCCGAACCAGGAGUACCUGGUGGAAAGGAUCAGAGAACUUUCCCAGGGAGGAUGCAUGAGCUCCUUCCGAUGGAACGGAGGAGGGGAUUUCAAGGGCCGGAAAUGGGACACGGAUCUUCCCACCGACUCCUCGAUCCUGAUGCACGUGUUCUGCACUUACCUGGACUCCAGGCUCCCUCCUCACCCCAAAUACCCCGACGGCAAAACCUUCACUUCCCAACACUUCAUCCAGAGCCCGGAUAAACCAGACACUUCAAACGAAAACGUCUUCUGCAUCUACCAGAGCAGCAUCAACCCCCCGCACUACGAGCUGAUCUACGAGUGCAACGUCUACAGCUUGCCCAAGGGCAGGAACAACAUGUUCCACACCUUGCUGAUGUUCCUGUACAUCAUCAAGACGAAGGAAUCUGGGAUGCUGGGGCGUGUAAAUCUGGGUUUAUCGGGAGUCAACGUCCUGUGGAUCUUCGGGGAAUAACGGGACACAGCUCCAGAGGGAUGAGCUCUGGCUUAAACCCGGAAUUGCUGCAAAAGCUGGGAUUUAAGCCCAGCUUUGUGGACAGAGGGAGGAAGCGCCUGUGAUUCCCGUACGGAUUUUGUCGGCGCAUCGCACAGAAUAUUUCACCGUGGAAACGCUCCCGUGGAAUGAACUCCAGGCGGGAAUUCCCUGCCCUGCCCCUCACCUCGACCUGUUUAAACUGAGCUUUACUGACCCCAGACUAAGCUGAGCCCAACCUCCUCCGAGGGUGCAGCUGGAGCAGCCUCCCUCCCCCAGGCUGAGCACAGCUGGCAGCGCCUGGAAGGACAAAACAACUCGGAAAACUUUCAGGACCCGAGGAAUUCCAAAUGCGGACGCCCAGAUUCAGUUUGGCCUCGUUUUAUUCCGCGUGAUAAAAACCCGAUCGAUUUGACCCCGAUCGUUGGCGUUGAUUGUGAUUUCUGACCCCUCGAGACGAAAAGGAAAGGACAAAACCACGUUUGUCUUGCCGAGUUCAGCAAAUAAGAGCUUUACUUUUGUAUUCCCCGUUUUUUAUUUCCGUUGUCUUGUUCAGAACCAGCGCGGCCUCGCCCCUCGUGAGCUCUGAGCUCCCCGGGUUCCUUCACUGCCACCGACUCUCACCUUCCUUUGCUUUUAAAUUUCAUUUUCCCUCAGCUUUUUUUCACUGACCCCCACCGAGUUCGGGAGCUUUCUGCACCUUGGUGGGAAACCAGGCUCUGCACACGCCCAGGUUUUUAGGAAUGAACCUUUUUGUUUUGGUAAAAAGCACUUGGAUUUGCUUCAGAUCAGUCAAAAUUUGUCAGAUUUCUCUGAAGGGGCGGGGGGAUUUGUGGUAAAUUGUGAUUUUAGAAGCGUAUUUAGAUCAUAAACUCACGGAAUCCUUGUACUGUAUUUUUUACUGAGGGGAGGGAAAGAGGGAUUUUUUGGAAUUUUGCUGGGUUUUUUUGGUGUGAACUGACUGGUUUUGGUGAUUCUCUCUCUUCCCUGGGGGGAGCUGGGUUUGUAAGGAACCGCUUACAAAACGGCUCAUUUGGUUCCUGCAUUAAAUUGGUUUUACCAAA